AGGAUGUUGUCCCCCCAAAAAAACCCUACCACCUGGGCGGGGCGGCAGGAGGGAUGGAGAGCUCCCUUAGGAAAGUGGUCUCUGCGCUUCUUUCUCUGGCCUCUUCCCCAACUCCCCACCGCCCCCUGAGCUCCCCCCGCAGCCAGCUCAGCUUCCCCAGCCCCCAUUCCACGUAGACUGCUUUGGGGGAAGGGGGGUUGCACUGACAGGAAGGGGGGGAGCCAGCGCUGGGCGAAGGAGAAGCUGGAGGAGGAGGAGGCGGAGAAGGCGGCUUGGUCUCUCUCGCUCUCAGCCAAACCAGCUCCAGGCACCAUGUCCCCCUGGGGCUCCCUCAUCCGCAUCCUCCCCCUAUUCCCCAUCCUGCUCCUGCUGCUGCAGGCCUCGGGAAGAGCUCUGGGCCGGGCCAGUCCGGGCGGAGGGCCCUUAGAAGAUGUGGUCAUUGAGAGGUACCACGUACCCCGAGCCUGUCCUCGAGAGGUGCAGAUGGGGGACUUCAUCCGCUACCACUACAAUGGCACCUUUGAGGAUGGCAAGAAGUUUGAUUCCAGCUAUGAUCGUAGAGUGACAGUAGCAGGUGUGGUGGGUGUGGGCCGGCUCAUCACUGGCAUGGACCGAGGGCUCAUGGGAAUGUGUGUCAAUGAACGAAGACGCCUCAUCGUGCCUCCACACCUUGGCUAUGGCAGCAUCGGAGUUGCUGGGCUGAUCCCUCCUGACUCCACACUGUACUUUGACGUUGUCCUGCUGGAUGUAUGGAACAAGGAAGACUCAGUGCAGGUGAACACUCUCCUUAGACCACCAAAUUGUCCCCGCAUGGUCCAGGACAGUGACUUUGUCCGCUACCACUACAAUGGCACAUUACUGGAUGGAACAGCUUUUGACUCCAGCUACAGCAGGAGUAGCACUUAUGACACUUACGUGGGCUCAGGAUGGCUUAUUAAGGGCAUGGACCAGGGGCUGCUGGGGAUGUGUCCUGGAGAGAAAAGGAAGAUCAUCAUACCCCCCUUCCUGGCAUAUGGAGAGAAAGGCUAUGGAACUGUGAUCCCUCCUCAGGCUUCUCUCGUUUUCCACGUCCUUCUAAUUGAUGUCCACAAUCCCAAGGACAGCGUCCAGCUGGAGACUCUGCUGCUGCCUCCAGACUGUGGACGGAAAGCUGUAGCAGGGGAUUUCAUGCGAUACCAUUAUAAUGGCUCCCUGAUGGAUGGCACCAUUUUUGACUCCAGCUACUCCAGAAACCACACCUACAAUACUUAUAUAGGGCAGGGUUACAUCAUCCCAGGCAUGGACCAGGGUCUGCAGGGAGUAUGCAUCGGAGAGCUCCGACGAAUCACCAUCCCUCCACACCUCGCCUAUGGAGAAAAUGGAGCUGGAGAUAAGAUCCCUGGCUCAGCAGUGCUGAUCUUUGAUGUCCACGUCAUCGACUUCCACAAUCCGUCUGACACGGUGGAAACUCAGACGAUUUCCAGGCCCAGUGAAGGCUGCAAUGAGACCUCCAGACUAGGGGAUUUUGUACGCUAUCACUAUAACUGCUCCUUGCUGGAUGGAACCAAGCUCUUCUCUUCCCAUGAUUACGGAGAGCCCCAGGAAGCCACUUUGGGGGCUAACAAGGUGAUUGAAGGCCUGAACACUGGCCUUCAGGGCAUGUGUGUGGGAGAGAGAAGACAACUGAUCAUUCCUCCCCACCUGGGACAUGGAGAGAAUGGAGCCCGAGGUGUCCCAGGCAGUGCUGUGCUACUAUUUGAGGUAGAGCUGGUAUCCCGAGAGGAGGGGCUGCCUGAGGGUUACUUGUUUGUGUGGCAUGGGGACCCUCCCGCUAACCUAUAUGAAGACAUGGACCUCAACAAGGAUGGAGAGAUCCCACCUGAGGAGUUCUCCACCUUCAUCAAGACCCAGGUAGCAGAAGGCAAAGGGAAACUCAUGCCUGGGCAGGACCCUGAGAAGACCAUCGGUGAUAUGUUCCAGAACCAGGACCGAAAUCAAGAUGGCAAGAUCACUAUGGAGGAGCUCAAGCUGAAGUCAGAUGAAGACCAGGAGAGAGUUCAUGAAGAGCUCUGAGGGAACUAAAGGACUAGGGGGCCUGGCCUAGAAUGCAAAAUCCGCAGCUGGCAGUGGGACAGACCUCUGAUAUCAGCCCUUCUUCCUCUCUGCUGGGAAGCCUUGGGCUCAUCUGCCAAGUUGUCUUAAGGUGCUAGCUGCUGCCUGGCCUUCCAGCCAACACCAGAUUUAAACUCAAGGUGCAGACCUCCAUUUUAUUCCUUCCUUUAGCCUCCCCUUAGUUAAACUUUUUAAGAAUGAGAACUACUUGGAAGCAGUUUUGGGGGGGUGGGAGGGUAAUUGGUUUCUCUCCUUUGGCAAGAGUGGAGUAGGGGCAGCAGAUACUUCCCUAUCCCUCAUAUACACCUCACCAACACCAGAUAAAUGGGGAUUUUAGGGUGUGGGCUGACCUAUUUUAGAUUGUCUGAACCUCUUCUUGACUUGCUUCCGUCCUUCAACUGUCUCCCCAAACUCCCUGCCUACAUUUUGGGCUACCCAGGAGCAAAAGCAGAAAGCAAUGAGGAGACUCCUUCUAGUCCUCUAGGAAACCGACCUGGUCUGCCCUUCCACUGAAAAAAGAGAGGUGCUGGGGGAGGGGGCAGUUCCAGGAAAGCUAUCCUACCUCACCUACUUCUGCACCAUCCCCUCAGCCUGGAGCUCAGAGGAGCUAAGAUGGCCCCAUAUCUGCUCAUGCUGCAGGACAGGGUUGGGUUCCAUGUGGAUUUGGUUCUGCUACCUUUGUGUGUCUUACUCCCAAGGCCUUGGAAUGUGGCUUUUUUUUUAAAUGAGAAAGGGGGAAAGAAGAAUAAAAGAAUGAAAAGGGUAAGAGGGCAGAGCAAGAGAAACUAUUUAGAUGAGUGUCGUAACUGUAAAAAAAUUGUUCUUGAGAAAUCUGAAAUAUAGGGUCAUCUGGGGUGGGGGAUGUAGAGGGUGAAAUCAAAAGCCAGUUGUAUUUUUUCUUUACAUCAAAUAAAAAUUU